AAGAGAAACAAUUCAAGAAAUGGAGGAUAUGAGGUGGGAUUGGGGUGCCCAGAAAUGCGCGGCGGCUAUGGCGGCGGCAGUUUCCGGAGUUUUGCUGAUGAUGGUGGUGCAGAGGAGGUGGUGGCGGGCGAGGAAGCCGGAAAAGGAGGGGACGGUUCCUAAAGGGAGUUCAGGCUGGCCGUUCUUAGGGGAAACUCUCGACUUCAUAGCCAGCGGUUACACGUCCCGCCCCGUCUCCUUCAUGGACAAACGCAAAUCUCUGCAUGGGAAGGUAUUCAAGACGCAUCUACUGGGAAAGCCGGUUAUAGUGUCAACCGAUUCAGAGGUGAACAAGGUUAUUCUGCUCAACCAGGGCAAUGUCUUUGUCCCAUCUUAUCCAAAAUCCGUUAGUGACCUGUUUGGGAGCAAUUCAAUUCUACAAAUGAACGGAGCUCUGCACAAGAGACUUCACGCAGUUAUCGGAAGUUUUUUGAAAUCGCCGCUGCACAAAGCCCGUAUCACUGCCUACAUUGAGAACAGCGUCCGCCGGUCGUUGUCGACAUGGGCGGAUGAAGAGGGCAGCGUCAUUUACCUCCAAGAUCAGGCCAAACAGAUUGCUUUCGAGGUUUUGGUCAAAGUGUUAUUAAGUGUCGAUCCCGGUGAAGAUUUGGAUUUCAUGAAGAGAGAAUUUGAAGAAUUCAUGAAGGGAUUGGUUUGCCUUCCUGUCAAGCUCCCUGGAACAACGUUGUACAAAUCCCUUAAGGCCAAGGGGAAGCUGUUGAAACUUGUGGCGAAGAUGGUGGAAGAGAGGAAAAUGGCUAUGGAGGAGAGAACCAGUGAUAAUAAAAUGGCGCCGGCAAUGGACGCAAUCGACGUCCUCUUGGAUGAAACGGGAGAAUCAGACGGGACGACGAAGCAAAGCUUGAAGAGCGAUUUCAUCACCUCCAACCUCAUAGAGAUGAUGAUUCCCGGAGAGGAGACUUUACCGACGGCCAUGACUCUCGUCGUCAAAUUCUUAAGUGACAGUCCUGUCGCAUUAGCUCAGCUAAUGGAGGAGAACGUAGAAUUACGAAAGCUUAAACUGAGUUCCGGGGAGGAAUAUGUUUGGACCGAUUACAUGUCUCUAUGCUUCACUCAAAAUGUGAUCAGUGAGACGCUACGGAUGGCAAAUAUUAUCAAUGCAGUGUGGAGGAAAGCCCUGAAAGAUGUCGAAAUCAAAGGACAUUUGAUACCAAAAGGGUGGUGUGUGCUUGCAUCGUUGAUAUCAGUUCACAUGGACGAUGAAAACUAUGAAAAUCCAUACGACUUUAAUCCUUGGAGAUGGGAGAAGCCUGGAGUGAACAUAAACAGCAGCAAGUUUACACCAUUUGGUGGUGGGCAGAGGUUGUGUCCUGGCGUAGAACUCUCCAGGCUUGAGAUCGCGAUUUUCCUCCAUCAUCUCGUUACGACCUACAGGUGGGUGGCCGAGGAGGAUGAAAUCGUGUAUUUCCCUACGGUAAAAAUGAGAAGAAAGCUGCCCAUCACCGUCACGCCAGUUGAUCAUCUUCUCUGAUAUUCAGAACUACCGAAUUUUACUUGGCUGACCACAUUUAAGCUUUUGGAUCUUCGGUAACUUUAUUAUAUUGUUAUAUACACAAACUUGAAAAGAAAUUUUUUGUUUACCACUUACUCUUUGUACAUUCGACACAUACAAGAUGGUUGAUAUACACUAAAAGAAAAUUCUGGGAUGACUAGUAAGGAUCAAUGGAUUACAGGCAAUGGCCAAGGAGUCAGAAAACCAUUAUAAUGUUUUCACUUCGAUUUGCUUCCGUCUUGAUCUAGUCAGAUUAGAGUUAAACAUACUAGAUCAGAAAAUUGCAAUUCAAUUCAAGUAAAAACAUCUUUAGUAUAUAGAAAACACUCAUACAAGUAAGGUUGUAUCAAGUCGAAUCAGACUAUUUAAAUUAACAUGUAAGUUUGAAGCCAACUUUUCCCCCAAACCUCUCAUAGUCUCAUCUAUUUUUCUUACUUCGCAUUUUACAGGCUCUAAAGUGAAGACUUAAGCAACCAUCCAAAUUCUUUGGAAUUUGCAUGAUACUCUAUAUUUUUAUAUUAUAGAGUAAUGUAAUUAUAAUUUGUAUACUCUAUAGUUUUUUCUUAAAUGAAUUCAAAAUUACAUUUGUGACAGAAAUCAGAAUUCAUUCUUCCAGCGUUAUUUAGUGUAUGUUUGGAUCAAGGAAGCUGCUAGAGAAACAACCAAAAAAUGAUGAAAUUUAUUUCAAACGUUGCCUUUACCUUGGAAAUUGAGAUAUGAAUCAUAUGAUUAUGCUCUUAAAUAACA